AUGGAGGUUGCUCGCGAGGUCAGCAUGAGGGGCUACUUGAGGGUAUUUGUCCCCGUUCUUGCCCCCGGCCCCGUUCCUGCCCCGGCCCCGUUCCUGCCCCGGCCCCGUUCCUGCCCCGGCCCCGUUCCUGCCCCCGUUCCUGGCCCCGCACCCGCCCUAAAGACCAAAAGUGAUAAGGUGCCUAGUACAGCUCCUCGAAGUGUGGAGGAGGCAUCUUGGGAGGAGGAAAAGGCAUCUUGGGAGGAGGAAAAGGCAUCUUGGGAGGAGGAAAAGGCAUCUUGGGAGGAGGAAAAGGCAUCUUGGGAGGAGGAAAAGGCAUCUUGGGAGGAGGAAAAGGCAUCUUGGGGGAGAAUAAAGGGCAUCUUGGGAGGAGGAAAAGGCAUCUUGGGAGGAGGAAAAGGCAUCUUGGGAGGAGGAAAAGGCAUCUUGGGAGGAGGAAAAGGCAUCUUGGGAGGAGGAAAAGGCAUCUUGGGAGGAGGAAAAGGCAUCUUGGGAGGAGGAAAAGGCAUCUUGGGAGGAGAAAAAAGGGCAUCUUGGGAGGAGGAAAAGGCAUCUUGGGGGAGAAUAAAGGGCAUCUAG